GAUUAAACUAGAUGGCGUUGAAUUUCUUUGAAAAUGUGUGAUCAAAAUUGAAUGUUUUGGUCGUCAAUGAUUUUUUUGUAAUACAAUUAAUUGUCGGCUAAAAAAUGUCUCUUGUUACUCAUAUUGCUAAACGUUAUUUGAAUAUUCCUGUCUAUGGUGGACCUUACAUCAACAAGGGCUGGGCUCAUAAAGGCAAAGGACCUCGAGAUCUAGAGGAAGCUGCUCUUCAUUUCAAAAAGACGCUUGAAAAAGAAGUAACUGAACCUUCUCCAUUUCAUAUUGUUUUUCGACACAAAAAAACUAACACAGAACCAUGGAUGAUUAAAGUUAAAUUACGAAGUCUAGGUCUACAUGGUUCAGCUGUUGGAUACCCUGUGCUUGUACCCAAUACACCACAUUUUAAUGCACUUUUGUGGGAUGUCAAACAUUUAAUUCGAUUAAAACCGGUGAUAUUUACCAAUGGAAUACCCACUGAGAAAGAUAUUGGAGCUACCAAGUUGUGUAUGUUCACUGGAAAAUUUGAGAUUAAUGAAGCUUUCCGAGUGAACGAUGAAAAAGUUUGGGGAGAGCAAACAUCUGGAUUUUACCAGGGCAAUUACUUGAGAGAUUAUUUGCGAAAACUGUCCGGAAUAACGCAUAUUUCUUAUGCUUGAUGUUUAAAAUAUCGUAUUGUAUUCAUUAGUUAUAUUAGCAAAUUAAAGUAAUUACAUUAUAAAACAUAGA